UCCGUUUGAAACUGCAGAUACAGGUCGCCUGUUAAUAUUCUCUCUCAUAAUAGUGAUGGCAGACCACACAGAUUUUCAGGGGAGGGUUAAAUCAUCAGUUGAACCAACAGACCAACAACCACCUGGCAGCAAUGAGCUCCCAACACUGGACAGACAAUCGUCAAUCCAUUCCCUCACUCUUGACGACUUUCAAUACACAUUCUCUGAUGGUACCGAGAGCUUUGGAUCGAUGAACAUGGAUGAGCUCCUCAACAACAUUUUGACAGCUGAAGAAAUUCAAGCUUAUGCACAAACUCCUGUUGCCAACGCCAGUACUGGCCUCAACACUGUUGCCACCAUGGCAGCUGCCACCAUCAAUACUGAUCCACAGUUUCCUGAAGUUGAGAUCAAUACUUCUACAGAGAAGGAUAUAAAUAUACAUCAAAGCUUGCAAGGACAAGGUUCUGUGAUGCUUCCAGCACCUUUGAGUCACAAAACAGUGGAUGAAGUGUGGUCUGAGAUACAAAAAUUUCCGCAAGAACUAGAACAUGAUUUUACUGACUGUACAGUUAAUGUUCAGAAAGAUGGCUCUGCCCAGCGACAGACAACUUGUGGAGAGAUGACACUUGAGGAUUUCCUGGUAACUACAGGGGUAGUUCGGGGAAAGAGUCGUCCUCCGUCAACACUUCUGAAACAACCCAAUGAGUCAUACCAGAACAACAACAAUACAGCAGUGGGAUCCGGACAACCUGAUCUUGUGGCUAGGCCUGCUAUUGCUGUAGAAGGGGCUGAAAAUGUUCCUGCAUAUCCGGCACCGCCACCAAGCGGUGUAAGGGAUGCAGCAUCUGUUGCAAUUGUAAGAUUUCCUGGUCGAUGCGAACCAGGAGAAGUUCGUCAUGGGAGGAAAAGGCAGUAUUGUUCUAGUAGAGGUGGAUAUGCACAAGGGCAAGCAAAGCGGUCACCCCCAGUGAAUUCAAGUCCCAAAGAUGAUGAGGGUGCACAUCAACAGAAUAGCGGGAAUGACACUGAGAUGAAUAUUGAUGGAGCUCACAAGCGGAAUGCUCUAGUUGAAAGGGUCGUGUCAAGGAGACAAAAGAGAUUGGUCAAGAAUAGAGAGUCAGCAGCAAGGUCCAGGGCAAGAAAACAGGCUUAUAAUCUUGAGCUGGAAGAGGAACUGAAAAGGCUAAACGAAGAAAAUGCUCAUCUAAGGAAGACCAAGGACGUAAAGCAGUACAUUGAAGAGAAAAUGAAAAAGGGAAAAGACAGAAAGAUAGGGAUGAGGAGGAGCAAGAGCUGCACGUUCUGAUUUAAAUGCCAACAACAAUAAUCCUGUAUUAAAUCUUCUCUGCUGUGAUGUCUUUAGUAUAAUGUCAUGUUUGAGUAAUGGUCCUGUUAAAUCUAGGUAUGCUUCCCUUUGUGGUUCUGUGGGAAAACUGGGGAAGCAAGUAUCUUUCUUUGAAUUUUCUUUAAAUUUAGCGUUCUUCUGGGUGUUAUGGAUGCAGGACAAUGCCCCUAUUUUACAUUGUGAAGAUUUUAAGAUAAGUUUGUUUAAUAAAUAAUUUUUGUUUGAA